UUCAUCCCUCUUGAAACAAGAUACCAACAAUGGAGAUGCUCCAAGUUCUUACCUAUUAUCUUUCAGAGCAUCCUCAAAUCGUUAACUUCCGGUGGAGCCAUGUUCAUUCAUGGGGUUCAACCUGGUCUUUCUUAUUCUUAUCCAUCUCCUUUUACAUUCUUCUUUCUCUCUUCCUCCACUUCUCCCUUUCUCUCCUCCUCCCCGGCCGCCGUCCAAUCCCACUCGGUCCAAUCCCAGCAAUCCACAGUCUAUCAAUGUCUCUAAUCUCCACCACCAUCUUUUCCGGCAUUCUAUUAUCCUCAUCCGCCGAGAUCCGUGACACAAGAUGGUUCUGGCGUCGAUCAAUGACAACCCCAUUUCAAUGGUACCUCUGUUUCCCACUCGGUACUCGUCCUUCCGGCAGGGUAUUCUUCUGGUCAUACAUUUUCUACCUAUCAAGAUUCCUCCACACUCUCCGAACCUAUUUCAAGAUUCUCCGGCGAAGGAAACUCUCCAUAUUCCAGCUAUUGAAUAACUCAAUCGUUAUCUCUAUGUCAUUUCUAUGGCUUGAAUAUUCACAAUCGUUUCAAGUGGUUGCCAUUUUGUUGACUACGUCUGUGUAUGCUUUAGUUUAUGGGUAUAGGUUUUGGACGGAGAUUGGACUUCCUGGGACUUGUUUUCCGUUUGUAAUUAGUUGUCAGAUUUGGGUUUUGAGUUGUAAUGUUCUUUGUCAUGUUGGAGUUUUGAUGCUUCAUUUGUUUAAGGGUGGGUGUAAUGGAAUUGGAGCUUGGGUUAUUAAUUCGGUGCUGAAUGGAUUGAUUUUGAUUCUGAUUUUGAAUUUCUUGUUGGGUAUGAGACAGAGAGAGAUAGAUGGGUCGGAAGAGGCAAAGGAAUGAGUCCGGCGCCGGCUCCGGCGCCAGAAAGAUCAAUGAGGGUCUUCUCUGUUUCAUAUUUCUUCUAUUGGGUCUGAUUGAGAUGUUUUAGUAAGUAUUAGUGUACAAAUUAUACUCUUACAUAAAGAUUAAGGACUUUAAACAAUAUAUUGACUUUCACU